GAUUGACGACAGUAUCGUUCUCUUCACAAAAGAUCCAAAAGAUCCAACGGCAUGAGCACAAGAGGCAACAGGGAGCUGAAGAAGCGAACUCUCCAGUUCUAGUACGUUCUAACUACUAGCUAGCUAGAACGUCCUUCUAAAUCCAUUGCAAUUGCUGGCUGGUAGUCUCCCAAAGCUACCCUACGAGCACGUUCAUUCCCAGAUUUUCUUUUCGUCUAAAAAUAAGCAGCAAAACCCAAAACGAAAAUAAAAUAAUAUCAUGUCCCCUUCCUUGGCCACCACCGUGGGAGGUGUUCCGUUGACGAGCUGUGUCUACAACGCUUCGGGUCCUCGCAGUGGUACCGCGGCUGCCUUGUCCAAAGUGUGUCAAUCUCGAUCGGGAGGUGUCUUGGCCAAGUCCGCUACCAUCUUGAAACAAAAUGGAAAUCCACAGCCUCGCACAUACCAUGCUGGGAACAGCUUGGCUUCCUUUAACAGUGAAGGACUCCCCAACAAUGGCAUUGACUAUUACAUUGCCGCUGGCACAAUUGAGGAAUGCAUGGCGUCGUGCGAUGAUGAUAGCAAACCCUACAUGGUGAGCAUUUCCGGAAAGACGCUGGCGGACAAUCUGGAAAUGCUCAGUCGAAUUGCCAAGGCUCCCAGUCUUUCCAAAAUCAAAGCCGUAGAAUUGAAUUUGGCAUGUCCCAAUGUGAUUGGAAAGCCCAUUAUUGCCUACGAUUUUGAGCAAAUGAAAUCCAUUUUGCAGGAAGUAUCCUCUGCCAUGAAAGACACUCCCCUGAAACUGGGGAUUAAACUCCCACCCUACUUUGAUGGCCCGCAUUUCCAACAAGCGGCGGACAUUCUCAAUGAAUUUGACGGUUCGAUUGCCUACGUGGCUUCCAUUAACACGCUGGGCAAUUCCUUGGUCAUCGAUCCACACUCGGAGGCUCCCGUCAUUUCCAGCAAUCAAGGAUUUGCCGGACUCUCGGGUCAAGCCGUCAAAUACACGGCAUUGGCCAAUGUGCGCAAGUUGCGACUGGCAUUAAAGGAUUCGAUUGAUGUGGUGGGAGUGGGUGGUGUGGCAUCCGGUCGCGAUGCCUUUGAAUUGAUUCUUUGUGGAGCCACGGCCGUGCAGGUGGGGACCUGUCAUUGGACCGAAGGACCCAAAUGCUUUGAUCGGAUCUGCCAAGAAUUGGAAGAACUCAUGGAAAGCAAGGGAUAUCAGAGUAUCGCGGACUUUAAGGGAAAACUCAAAGACUGGUCCCGAGAAGGAGCUGAUAUUGCCAGAGCUGCCGCCAAGAAGGAAGCAUCAUCGCAAGGUGGUACCGGUACCAAAGAAUUGAAAAGUAGUGGCAGUGACAACAAUACCAAUCUGAUUUUGGCCCUGUUGGUGGGUCUGCUGGCUAUUCUGUUAGCUGACAAACUGUCCAAUGGAGCGUUGUUGCCAUUUUGAAAGGAGUGUUGUUCUGUUGGACAAACUCAUCAUAUAUUGGUCUGGUUGCAGUUGUCUGUGCAUGUAAUGUAUUGAUACCAUUACACAUUCGUUUCGAAGCUUGCUUUGUAGUAAAUCUAGCUAGCUAGACGAUUGAAUCAUACUUCACUGACAGUUGUCUUUGACAAAAUUUCCCUAACGAGUUUGUACCGUACAUGUACAUGUACGGUACCAAUAGCUACAAUUAUUUUUGUAAAAGCUAUGUUUCUCUCUCUCCGAAGGUAAUUUUC